UAGUGUUCUUAGUUCGAGUAGAACAUCACAUCUCACCUGAGGAUGUCUUCCGGGUCGUCGUCGCGGAGCACCUCCCCGAGCUCCGACUCGGAGUGGAGCAAGAAGGAGAACAAGAUGUUCGAGGAGGCGCUCGCCUACUACGGCGUGAGCGCCCCCAACCUCUGGGAGAAGGUGGCCAGCGCCAUGGGGGGCACCAAGUCCGCCGAGGAGGUGCGCCGCCACUUCCAGAUCCUUGUCGAUGACGUCAACAGCAUCGAGCAUGGCCGCAUCCCAUUCCCCAAGUACAAGACCCAGGGCUUCUGGACCUAA